AACCUAAAAACCAAUAGAAAAAGAAAAGCCCAAGUGCCUCCUACAAAACCACGAACAAGCGAGUCCUUCUGUUUGGUCUCUGCAAUUUGCGUUUAUUCUUCCCCUCCGAAUGCACCAUAUUCAUAUUUCCCCUUCAAAUCCCUAAUCCGCUUCCAAUCCCAAUGGAGGAUUCCGAGGGAGUCCUCAGCUUCGAUUUCGAGGGCGGCCUCGACGCCGCUCCCUCCUCCGCCGCCGCCGCCGUUCCCUCCGGCCCCCUCGUCCAGCACGACUCCUCCGCGGCAGCUUCCGCCGUGUCCAACGGAGGCCACGCCGCCCCCGCCCCGUCCACGGCGGACCCCGCCGGCGGCAACGUCCCGGGGCGGCGGAGCUUCCGGCAGACGGUUUGCCGGCACUGGCUGCGCAGCCUGUGCAUGAAGGGCGACGCGUGCGGGUUCCUGCACCAGUACGACAAGGCGAGGAUGCCGGUGUGCCGCUUCUUCAGGCUCUACGGAGAGUGCCGAGAACAGGAUUGCGUCUAUAAACACACCAAUGAAGACAUCAAGGAGUGUAACAUGUACAAGUUGGGAUUUUGUCCUAAUGGACCUGAUUGUCGAUAUAGGCAUGCAAAAUCUCCUGGACCUCCACCUCCUGUUGAAGAGGUUCUUCAAAAGAUCCAACAUUUAUUUUCCUACAAUUAUAACUCAUCCAACAAAUUUUUCCAACAAAGAGGUGCUAGUUAUAAUCAACAAGCUGAAAAACCCCAGCUUCCUCAAGGAACUAAUUCUACAAACCAAGGGGUGACUGGAAAACCAUUACCAGCAGAGUCGGGAAAUGCCCAGCCACAGCAACAAGUUCAGCAGUCCCAGCAGCAGGUUAACCAGAGCCAAAUGCAAAAUGUUGCUAAUGGCCAGCCUAAUCAAGCAAAUAGAACUGCAACCCCUUUACCUCAAGGAAUAUCUAGGUAUUUUAUUGUUAAAAGUUGCAAUCGUGAAAAUUUGGAGUUAUCUGUACAACAAGGAGUUUGGGCAACUCAAAGGAGCAAUGAAUCCAAACUAAAUGAAGCAUUUGACUCUGUGGAAAAUGUGAUAUUAGUUUUCUCAGUCAACCGUACUAGACAUUUCCAGGGUUGUGCAAAGAUGACAUCCAGAAUUGGUGGUUCUGUUGCUGGGGGGAAUUGGAAAUAUGCUCAUGGAACUGCACAUUAUGGACGAAAUUUCUCUGUUAAAUGGUUGAAGUUAUGUGAACUGUCAUUCCACAAAACUCGCCAUUUAAGGAAUCCAUACAAUGAGAACUUACCAGUGAAGAUAAGUAGAGAUUGUCAGGAGCUGGAGCCCUCUAUUGGAGAGCAGCUGGCAUCCUUGCUUUAUCUUGAGCCAGAUAGUGAACUUAUGGCUAUCUCGGUUGCAGCCGAAUCUAAACGGGAAGAAGAGAAAGCCAAGGGAGUGAAUCCAGAUAAUGGAGGAGAAAAUCCAGAUAUUGUACCAUUUGAAGACAAUGAAGAAGAGGAAGAAGAAGAGAGUGAUGAAGAGGAGGAGAGCUUCAGUCAUGGUGUAGGGCCAGCUGGCCAAGGCAGAGGUAGGGGAAGAGGUAUGAUGUGGCCGCCUCAUAUGCCUCUUGGGCGUGGAGCCCGACCCAUGCCUGGAAUGCAGGGCUUUAACCCUGUAAUGAUGGGUGAUGGGUUAUCGUAUGGGCCUGUUGGUCCUGUUGGACCUGAUGGCUUUGGUAUGCCAGAUCUUUUCGGUGUGGGACCCCGUGGUUUUGCUCCAUAUGGUCCUAGGUUCUCUGGUGAUUUUGGAGGUCCCCCAGCAGCCAUGAUGUUUCGUGGGCGACCAUCUCAACCUGGGAUGUUUCCAAGUGGUGGGUUUGGGAUGAUGAUGAAUCCUGGACGUGGUCCUUUCAUGGGUGGGAUGGGGGUUGGAGGUGCAAAUCCACCAAGAGGUGGUAGGCCAGUUAAUAUGCCUCCAAUGUUUCCACCACCUCCACCGCUACCACAGAACGCAAACCGUGCUGCCAAAAGAGAUCAAAGAACUGCUGAUCGGAAUGAUAGGUUUGGUUCAGGAUCCGAGCAGGGUAAGAGUCAAGACAUGCUCAGUCAAAGUGGCGGACCUGAUGAUGACGCACAGUAUCAACAAGGAUACAAAGGGAACCAAGAUGAUCAUCCUGCUGUGAACAACUUCAGGAAUGAUGAUAGUGAAAGUGAGGACGAGGCACCUAGGAGGUCAAGACAUGGAGAGGGGAAAAAGAAACACAAACUAUAAUCAUUAGCUAGUUAAUGCUUUCACCAAGCACGACAUAUUGAUGAUCAACUAACCUGGAUGCCAGUUUCCAAUGCUUUUUAUUUUUGACAGAUUUCUUUGUAUGAGUUCUUUUCUCCCCCCCUCUCAAGAGACCCGGGGGCUGGGUUGCUUCAGAAAAGAUUUAAAACUCUGUUCAUCGAUCAUAUAAUUGUUACAUAUUGUUCAUUGGACAUUUAAUGUUAAUGUAUCAGGAUCAAAACGGUAAUUUAGUAUGCUCGGUAAAUGUACACCUAUGUAUUUGUAAAGGGAUCGUAACAUUUGAGUUCUGAAUGAAAAAGGUGGGAUGAUUCAUACCUUGCAAGUUA